AACCGCUCGGACAGAGGAGAGAAUCAAUCGUCAUCAGAAGAUAAUCGAACCUAUUUAACUCUCGGGAGCACACUCUUCGGGACUUAUCCUAGCAAUUUAACAUAUUCAGCGCCAUCUGCCAAGCUUUCCCAGCCCCCAUUCAAAGUGAGACGCAAAAAUGGUCACGACACUUCCCUUUGCCGACAUUGAAGUCAACACCCCUGGCUUUGGUGCCAUGGGCAUCAGCUCUGGCAUGGGGACCAACCUGAGCUUGGAGGAAGCUGAGCCUGUUCUUCUCAAGGCCAUCGAGCUGGGAUGCACAUUUUGGGAUACGGCUGUUGUCUACCAAGCAGGAGUCAACGAGAAGCUGCUCGGCGACUUCAUCAAAAAGCACAAUGUGCGCGACAAGGUUUUCCUCGCCUCAAAGUGCGGCUUCGACAUCUUUGGGGGAGGUGGACGUGUCACCAACUCGGCGUCCCAUAUUAAGGAGUACAUCGAAGGGACGAUUGAGAGACUCGGUUUCGCGCCGGACCUUUAUUACCUGCAUCGCAUGGAUCCCGAUACGCCACUCGAGGAGUCCAUUGGAGCCCUCGACCAGCUUCGUAAGGAAGGCAAGACUAAAUACAUCGGUCUGUCGGAAUGCUCUGCCAAGACACUUCGCAAAGCAAAUUCAAUCGCCAAGAUCGACGCCGUUCAGUCAGAGUACUCUGCGUUUGAGACAUUACAUGAGACGAAUGGUGUUAUCGAUACCUGCAAAGAGCUGGGCGUGGCAUAUGUUGCAUAUAGCCCCCUUGGCCAUGGGGUGCUUGUCGAUGACUUCCAGUAUAAGAGUCCCGAUGACUUUGCGCCAGAUGACUUCCGUCGCACCUCGCCCAAGUUUCAGGGAGAAAACUUUUACAAGAACUUGGCGAUUGUGGAAGAAGUUAAGAAACUUGCAGCCCGAAAAGGGUGCACUUCGGCCCAGAUUGCCCUUGCUUGGGUUGCUGCUCAGGGGAUGAUUGCUAUUCCUGGCACGAUUAAGCCUAAGCGGCUAGAGGAAAAUUGGGCAUCUAGGGACAUCACUCUGACGGAGGAGGAGCAGGCAGAGUUGCGAAUUAUCAUCGAUAAGACCAAGCCUCAUGGGAACAGGUUCGGUCCUGACCACGAGGCUGUGAUUGAUCACUAGAGUUAUGAUAAUAUAGGUGGUUCCAUCUCUGGUGCGAGGAAAGUGCAUCACACAGUAUUGCGUGGUUUCUCGGUAUCCCAUUGCGAAAUGCUAUCAUGACCUAUAUUCUGAAUGUGACAGUUAAUUCCAGUAGAGCCUAUGUUUUUA